GCAUUUCUCUUAUUAAGAGCAAAAGUGAGCACAUUUUCAUAUGGUUCAGAGCCAUUUAUAUUUCUUUUUCUGUAAAAAUCUUGGUCUAUCUCUGAGCAGUGUAGGUUUAACCUGAUUCUAAGGUUGCUGGUCUUCUCUAUUUUUAGAAGCUCUAUCUGUGAUGUAAGCUGAAAGCAUUUCUUUGCACUUUGUUAUUUUCCUUUAACUUUGCUUAUGCAAAGUAUACUUUGCCAUGAAAAAGUCUUUUGUUGUUUUUUUCAUGUAAUUGUAUUUAUCAGUCCUUUUCCUUAUUGCUUCUGGAUUUGGAGUCAUAGUUAGGAAAACCUUCUCUGUCUCAGAUUGUAAAGUAACUUACCCAUGUUUUCUUCUAAUACCUGUAUGGUUCCAUUUGUACAUUUAAAUAUUUGAUGUGUUUAGAAUUUAUCCUGGUGUAGGCCAGACGCGGUGGCUUACACCUAUAAUCCCAGCACUUUGGGAGGCCAAGGUGGGCGGAUCACAAGGCUAGGAGUUCAUGACUAGCCUGGCCAAAUGGUGAAACCCCGUCUCUACUGAAAAUACAAAAAUUAGCCGGGCAUGGUGGCGCAUGCCUGUAGUCCCAGCUACUUGGGAUGCUGAGGCAGGAGAAUCACUUGAACCCAGGAGGCAGAGGUUGCAGUGAGCCGAGAUCACGCCACUGCACUCCAGCCUGGGAGACAAAGAGAGACUCCGUCUCAAAUAAAUAAAUGAAUAAAUAAAUAAAUAGAUAGAAUUUAUCCUGGUGUAAUGGUAUGAAGAACAUGUCUAAUUUUAUAUUUUUCUAUGUGGCUAUCUGGUUAUCUCAACACAACUUAUUAGAAAGUAGAUUCAUGAUGCCAACGGAAGACACUUUUUAAUGACAAAAGAUUGAAUUCAUCAAGAAGAUAUAACAAUGCUAAAUUUGUAUGAACCUAAUAACAUAGCUUCCAAAUAGAACAAAAAUUGACAGAGCUAAAGAAGAAAAAUGGAAAAAGCCACAAUCAUCUUGGGAGACUAACACACUUCUCUCAGUUACUAACAAACAAACACAGAAAAGAAAAAUAAUGAUAUAAAAGAUGUUAACCACACAAUAAACCAAGAAUGGCAGGAUACACAUUCUUUUCAAGUGCACAUUGAGUAUUUUACAAAAAGACUAUAUGUUUGGCCAUGAAAUAAGUACCAACAAAUUUCAAAGGACUGAAAUCCUACAGACUAUGUUAUUUGACCACGGUGCAAUUAAGCUAGAAAUCAUUAACAAAAAAGAUAAUUAGGCAAUUCCUGUAUAUUUGGAAGUUAGGAAAUACACUUUCAAAUAACACUUGGGUCAAAGAAGAAAUCACAAUGGAAAUUAGAAAAUAUUUUGAACUGAAUAAGGUGAAUACUACAUAUCAAAAUGUGUGAGAUGCAGCUAAAAAUCAUGCUUAGCGGGAAACGUACAGCCAUAAGUACAUUUUUUUUUAAGCUUCCAGGAAGUUAGCAAUUUUUCAUUUCAAGAAGUUAGGAAAAGAACAGCAAGUUAAACCCCAAAGAAACAAGAAGAAAAUAAACAUCAAAGCAGAAGUCAGUGAAAUAAAAAAUCAACAUAAAAAUAGAGAAUCAACAAGGUCAAAUACUGAUUCUCUAAAAUGAUUUAUAACAUUGAUAAGCCCUGACAAGACAAAAAGGAAAAAAGAACACGAGGAAGUACAAAUAACAAAUAUCAGGAAUAAAAAAGAGAAUACUACUAUAUAUCUAGUAAGUAUUGUAAAAAUCAUAAGUGGAUAUUAUGAAGAACUUUACACCAAUAAAUUUGAAAAUAUAAAUUAGACAAAUUUCUUGAAAAAAUACAGUUUACCAACAUUUACACAAGAAGAAAUACUCAGAACAGUCCCAUAACUAUUAAAGAAAUUGAGUUCAUAGGGCCGGGCAUGGUGGCUCACGCCUGUAAUCAGCACUUUGGGAGGCUGAGGUGGGCGGAUCACCUGAGGUCAGGAGUUCGAGACCACCCUGGCUAGCACGGUGAAACCCCGUCUCUACUAAAAAUACAAAAAAUUAGCUGGGCGUGGUGGCGGGCGCCUGUAAUCCCAGCUACUUGGGAGGCUGAGACAGGAUAAUCGCUUGAACCCCGGAGGCAGAGGUUGCAAUGAACCAACAUCGCACCACUGCACUCCAACCUGGGUGAUGAAUGAAACUCCGUCUCAAAAAAAAAAAAAAAAAUUGAGUUCAUAAUUUAAAUUUUUCCUAAAGGAAAACUCUACACCUAGAUGGCAUAGCUGGAGACGUCUACAUAAUAUUUAAGGAAAAAAAAAUACCAACUUUCAAUAUUUCCAGAGAAUAGAAAAAGGAGAAACACUUUCCAACUAAUUUUAUGAGGACAGGUAACCAAAACUUGACAAGAACAUGACAAAAAAAUGAAAUUACAUGGCAGUCUCACUCAUGACCACAGAUGGAAAACUCCUAAACAACACGUUAGCAAAUCAAAUCCUGCAGUAUAUAACCCAACCACCAACUUGGGUUUAUUCUAGGAAUGCAAAGUUAGUUUCACAUUAAAAAAACCAACCAAUGUUUUCCACCACAUUAAUGGAAUGGAAUAAGAGAAUAAACUAUCUUCUAGAGCCAUACAGAAACAGCAUUUCAUAAAAUUCAGCAUCCAUUUAUGUUAAAAGCUCUUAGAAAAUGGGCGUAGGAGAGAACUUAACCUGAUAGAAGAUAUCUACACUGAAGCCUGAGACUUAAUGGUGAACAGUUGAAAACUUUCCCUCUGAGACCAGGAAUGAGAUGAGGUUGGCCACAUUGCCACUUGUACUCAAUGCCAUGCUAGCUAUUGUCCAAGCCGGUAAAAUAAGGCAAGAGAAAGAAAUAAAAUGCCCAAGGAUUGGACAAGGAGAAAUGAAAUUUUCAUGAUUUGUGGGUGAUAUGAAUACGUGUAGAAAAUUAAAAAGAAUCUAAAAAAUUACUAGAAUAAGUGAGUUUUGUAUGAUCACUGGAUCAGGAUACAAGAAUUAACUGCUUUUCUAUCAGGAAGUAACAGAAAGUGAUAAUACAAAAAGUUAACAUUUAUAAAAACAUUCAAAAAAUCAACUCCGUAGGAAUAAAUCUAGCAGAGAUAUGCAAAAUCUCUACACAUAAGACUAUAACACAUUAUGGGAGAAAUUGAAGAAGAUCUAAAUAAUUGGAGGGCUAAACAUAUAAUGACAAAAGGAUGAAUAAAUAAAAUGAUAGAAUAGAAUUUAGAAACGGAUCUAUACAUAUGUAGGGUUUUGACUUACUUAUGACAAAGAUGGUACUUCAGGGUAGCUAAGAAGGCAGUCUUUUCAAUAAAUAGGCUAGGAUAAAUUCAAUGUCCAUUUGAAAAAAAGUGAAACAACCCCUACUUUACAACUUUCAUAGAAAUCAAUUCCAAGGGGAUCACAGAUCUAUUAUAAAAAAGCAAAACAGAGUGUUGGGUGCAGACCACGGUGGUGCAGCUUUCUUUUAGAAGUUCAGUCUCAGUUGUCUUUUGCAAGCCAUGGAGAAUGACUUUUAUCUGCGCUACUACGUGGGGCACAAGGGCAAGUUCAGCCACGAGUUUCUGGAGUUUGAGUUCUGACCAGACAGGAAAUUAAGAUAAGCCAACACAGCAAUUACAAGAAUGAUGUCAUGAUCAGAAAAGAGGCUUAUGUUCAGAAAAGAGGCUUAUGUACAUAAAAGCAUGAUGGAGGAACUGAAGAGUAUAAUUGAUGACAGUGAAAUUACCAAAGAGGAUGAUGCGUUAUGGCCUCCUCCCAACCGAGUGGGCUGGCAGGAGCUUGAAAUCAUUAUUGGAGAUGAACACAUUUCUUUUACAACAUCAAAAAUUGGUUCCCUUAUUGAUGUCAGUCAAUCCAAGGAUCCAGAAGGCUUACAAGUAUUUUAUUAUCCUGUCCAGGACGCUAAAGUGUUUGGUCUUCAGUCUUAUUGGAUUACACUUCAAGAUUAAACCCAUCUAAACUGAAUAUUGAUGUGGACAUGGGGGGGGUGGGUAGUUUUUAAUUACCAUUAUCAAGAACAUUUUGUGUCUAUCAGGGCAGUAUAUUUUUAUAAACUAUAAAUGAUUAUCUUUAAUAAAUAUGUGAUAAAAUCAAAAAAAAAAAAAGCAAAACAAUAAAACUUCUAGACAAUAGCAUCCAAACCUUGGUGAGGGAAAUUCUUAAACAGAACACAAAAAUCAUUAGGAAAAGAUCAACUUUAACAUUGUCAAAUUAAUCAAUGACUUCUCUUCCUCAAAAGACAUCAAGUGGGACAAGGUAUUUGUAAUACAUAUAAACAAGGAUUUAUAUUUAGCAUAUAUAUAAUGAAUUUCUACAAAUCAAUGAGUUAUAUUUCAGUAAAACAACUGAGAUGAGAACA